AUGAAACUCAAGUAUAGUAGCCGUUUAUGCACCCCUUAUGUGCGUAUGGAACACCGCCAGUGUCAACGCUAUGCCACACUUAUGCCUUUGCCCGCUGGUGGGGGCACUCCCUACGAACUACACAUUCAUUUGAUUCAUGGUCUGUCUGCCUUGCUCUGUGGCUCUCGAGGUCUGUCACACAAGAUACUGGUCACCCCCGUCAACGCCUGGCUGUGUUACCUGGAACUGGAAUGGACAGGCAGAGCCGGCAUGGAUGCGUCUCAACCUCUGGGAUGCAGUCCUGGGUCAGAUGACCUGGAGCCUGGGUUUAAUGCGUCCACAAGGCUGAAGUCCUCGACGGACCGUGUGAUUAAACACCUUCAGGCCUGCCUCCUCUUGCAUGAAAAUGCCGACGGUGCCGCAUCAAACAAGCUGCAGAUAGACCUCUUUUACAUUGCGUGGCUGGCUUAUUUCACCCCCCCGAGUAUGCACCAACAUCGUCACCAUGACUAUGACUUUGUCGGAUUGUCCCGUCUCAUCUCAUCUCGAGCCCUGUUCGCACUUCGCACCCCACCUGAUUUCGACAUUUCCUGA